CACCACCCCACGUCACUCCCCGGAGCCGACGUACACAACCCCGCGCGCUGCAGCAGCCAACUCCAGCCUGCCCUGCACGUUGUACCAUAUCCCCGCGCUGCGACGCCUGUCCAAACGGCGGAGAGCAAGGCGACGAAGGCCCCCCCCCCCCAUCGGCGAGCAGUGCGCCAUUUAACGUAGCGUAGCGCAGGGAUCCGGACGAGUGCAGUAGUCGAACAUGAACUUCCAGAGCGGGGUGCAGGUGUUCAUCCCGGCGGCGCUCAACAGGCCAACGCACACGCUCUACAGCAUCUGCAUGCUGGUACAGCCCACGAACCAGGAGUGGACAGUCAACCGCCGCUACUCGCAGUUCCUGCAGCUUCGGAAGGACAUCCAACACAAACUCGGCACGCGCGGCGUCUCGUGCGCGAACUGCGCCAGCUUCAACCGCGCCAUCAGCAAGUUCCGCUUCCCGGGAAAGUCGCUGAUGCGGACCAACUCGGUGGUGCGCCACCGCGUGUCAGCGCUCCAAGACUUCCUCAAGCUGCUCGUGGGGCGCACCUACAACGAUCUCCCCAAGUGCGGCAUCUGCGGCGAUGAGAUUAAGGACUUGAUGCGGCCGUUCCUCAUCCGAGGAGCACAGCCGAUGAACGGGUCCAUCCUGCCCAAGAUCAACAAGUCGCUGUCGUUGGAGUCGUACGCCGUGGUGGAGCAGCCGGUGAUGCCCGUCCCGGAACCGGCGCCGCCCAUUUCGCCCUCGUUGAUGGGCCGGGAGCUCUUCAGCGCCAGCAAGUCGUCGAGCAGGCCCAUUUUCACUCAAAGUCAGAUUUCAGGCGGCAAGUCCAUCUUCUCGCGCAGUAAGGCGAUGAUGAGUACGCGGUCGGACGAUGCGUCCACACAGCCGAACGAAUCCGAAGACCCCAUUAUGGACUACUCGGACAGCGACGACGACGGCUACGGCAAGAAAUAUGAUGAUCAGCGCUGCUACGAUGAGGGCGUACCGCUCGAAGAAGCGAUGAAGCAGGUGGUGGUGCCCAAGGGAACUCGUCUCACGUGCGAAGAAGUUGUUGUCCGGCUCACAUCCAUGUGGGCGUCUUACGACCUGGAUGAGGCGCUUUCAUCCUUGCCGCCCGAACGUCUUUCGCAACAAGCCUUUUUCUCUGUCGACGAUAAGGAAUACGCGUUCUAG